GCUGAUACCAGACUCGGUGCGUUUCGUCGUUGCGUCUCCCUCCUUACCCUACGUACUCGAUAUACAAGCCGACCCGAUCGGCUGGUCAACCUCCAGUGUAGCAUCAAGUGUCGGUAGCACAAGGUGGUGUACGGUGUGAGGUAAAGUACAUUGAGAUUACAACAGCCGACUACGACUACGACGUAUGUGUGUACCUGAGAAUAUUCGAUAUAUAUCUAAAUGCGAUUGACAAAACGAAUGGGAGUUCGACCGACGAGGAGGACUGCGUUACCGUGUUGCAGCCGUCGUGUCAAUGGUGGAAAAAACAUACACGUGGUAUGUUCCAACUGUGCACACAAUACACGUAGAAAAAUUGUAAAGUGCAUGUAAAAGCGAGAGAAGGAAAGACUAUGAGCAACGGUGAACGGAAAGAGGGAAAAGGGGACUGAGAGGGGUCUGGGCUCGGCGUAAUUGUGGUUAAUUUAGCGAGGGUCAAACGCGCUCGAGUCCGCCGCUGCUGUAUAGCUUGUCCGUAUAUAAUAUACGUACGUACGAAUUAUACUUGUAUCCACCAUAUACACCACUUCGACAUCUGAACUUGCAGCGGCAGCAGCAGCAGCAGCAGCAGCAGCAGCAGCAGGAGCAAACCGCACAUACGAUACGUGCAGCAGAACGACGAACACUGCACUUCGACGUCGACGUGUAUUCUAGUCACGGGGGAUCGCGACGGAUGUAAAAAAAUAAAGAAAUAACACGAAAAAUAAAAGUACAACCGAGCUCGCCGUUGGUCAUUUUCGAUAGUUUGAAAGAGGUGAGAAAUGCCUCGACGUCGACGUCGCGUUCAACGUCUACGAAUACCCGAGAUCAGUUGUGUUAUGCAGUGAAUACGAUUGCGCCGAUGAUAUAUCAGGAUAAUUAAUCGUUAUUCUCGUAUGGUGCAAAAGGUGGUUUUGACGGAAAAAAAGUGCUAGUGCGUGUGUUCGCGGAAGAAGUAGAUAAUAUUUUUGAAACUUGAAAUCGGUAUAGUCUAUCGAAUAAAAAAGAGAACAAGCGCACAUGCAAAGUUGAUCGUGUAUUCGAGUUCGUCGAGAAACGUUUGAUUACAGUACGACAAGAGAAACGUAACGACAAUCGCCUAGUUAUCGUCCCCGAGGUGUGAUAGCGAUUAUUGCGCGUCUACUGUAUUGUAUGUGUGGUGAUAGUUGAGAAGUAGAUUGCGGAUUACGCGGAUAAGGCUAAACACAGGCCUGAGAAUGUUUAAGUUAUCUGGAAAACAGGAGUGGGAGGCUUGGACGAAAGAUAUAAGACUGCAGCUAAACGAGCAGCUGAGAUGUCUCGACGUAAGAAUGGAGGCCCAGGUCGCCCUGGUCACGGAAUUGCAAGAUUUUUUUCGAAGAAGAGCGGAACUUGAACUUGACUACAGCAAGUCGCUCGAUAAAAUGGCACGUGGAAUUCAACUGAGGCAUAAGGAACAAAAGCAAAAGAGGGAACAGUGGCCCCUGUUUUCCAGCUACGCUUGCUGGCAGCAGUUAGUUAACGAGACAAAAUCUCUUAGCAGAGAUCACGCCGCUCUUUCCGAGGUCUACAGCACCCAUCUAGUUGGAAGGCUCAACCAGGUCAUGGAGGAUGUUCAACGCAUCUAUCGCCGCUGUCGCGAUAUUGGGUAUGAGACACACGAAGAGAUUCUCCGAGUUCUCCACGAACUUCACACAACGAUGAAGACCUACCAAGCCUACCAGGCGGAGUCGAGGCAAGCGGAGACUAAAUUGCGAGUCGCCGAACAGCAACGAACAAAACUUGAAGUAGCUAAUGCACCACCGGAAAAACUCGCACGCAGCAAGAAAUACAAGCUAAUUGAAAAGGAAGUGAACAAGAGGAAGUGCAAGUACACCGAAUCCAAGCUGAAAGCGCUGAAGGCGAGGAACGAGUACAUCCUUUGUUUGGAGGCGUCGAAUACAACGAUACACAAAUACUUCGUCGACGAUCUAUCAGACUUAAUAGACUGCAUGGACUUUGGUUUUCACAAUUGCAUCGCGAGGGCCCUUCUGAUGCACUGCAGUGCCGAGGAGGGAAGGCAAAGGUCGCUGCAGACGGGGGCGGAACAGUUGGCUGCUUGCGUUGGAUCGCUCGACUCCAGGGCAGACAAGCAGCGAUUCCUCGAGUCCCAUCAUGUAGCUUUUAUGAUUCCGAAGAAGUUCGAAUUCCAGGGACAACGGGGCGACGAGUUACCGGAACCAGAAUUGCAGAAGGUUCUUCAUACCGAGAUGGAACAAAGGCUCGCACAGCUUCAACAACGAGUUACCUCACUGCGCACGGAGUCUGAGGAGGUCUGGAAAACUCUGGAAACAGCGGAAGCCAGUCUACUGGAGAUGCUCACUGCCAAGGAUUACGACUGUUCGAGAUACUUUGGCGACAACGCCGUGCCGACAUCCAGGCCACCAGAAACACUUCAAAUUAAACUAAGGGCGGACAGGCAGGAGACUGAGGAAUUUUACUUGUCGAAAUUCCGCGAAUAUUUGCUUGGGACGUCCAGGAUAGCGCGGUUAGAUGCGAAACAGGAAUAUAUACGACAAAGUCUCGUUGAUGGUUCCUCGUCAAGUCCGAACCCUUCGAUAACUACCAACAAGCAAAAGCAAGCACGUCGGAAGCGGAUUGGUAGACUACAGAUGAACGGGCAGCCGAAACUGUUCGGAGGAUCGCUGGAGGAAUACUUGGAGAGUACGAAUCAAGAGAUCCCAUUAAUUGUAAAGAGCUGCGUGAGAGUGAUAAACCUCUUCGGGCUACACCAUCAGGGAAUAUUUAGGGUGUCGGGGUCGCAGGUUGAAAUAAAUAACUUCCGGGAGUGUUUUGAGCGCGGCGAAGACCCUCUAGCCGAUGUUACCGACGCAUCAGACAUUAACAGUGUUGCUGGUGUCCUAAAACUCUACCUCAGGGAAUUAAGAGAACCGCUUUUCCCGAUUAUCUAUUUUGAGCACCUAAUGGAACUCGCUCAGUUAGAAUCAAAGCAGGAAUUUGUACUCAAAAUGAAGGAACUCAUAUCCAGUCUGCCACGCCCAGUCGUCAUAGUCAUGCGAUACUUGUUCGCAUUUCUGAACCACCUGUCGGAAUUCUCAGACGAGAACAUGAUGGACCCGUAUAACUUAGCCAUUUGUUUCGGGCCGACUCUUGUCCCGGUACCUGAGGACAAAGACCAAGUCCAGUACCAGAAUCAAGUCAACGAAUUGAUAAAAAAUAUCAUUACUUUUUGCGAAGAAAUAUUUCCUGAAGAUAUUGGCGGUAUUCAGUAUGAAAAGUACAUAAGCAGAGAACCCGAUGACGUAGAUGUGGGAGAUUCGCCCACCGAUCAAGUGCAAGAAGAUAUGGAUUCCGAAGUAUAUCCAUCAGAAGACGAAUCUGAAAAUCUCGAGGCCACGGCACAAUUUGACUUCAAUGCGAGAUCGGCGCGGGAAUUGAGCUUCAAAAAAGGAGACACACUUACCCUUUACGCCCAAGUUAGCAACGACUGGUGGCGCGGUGCUUUGGCAGGUCGGGAAGGGCUGAUACCGGAUAAAUACGUAAUGCUCAAAAUAAAAGAUGAGGAUAGGGACCGGGAUAAGGAGCUCCUGAAAUCCUCUAGCGAAGAAUCGAUACGAAGAAGAGCUUCCAGCUCUGCGGAUAGUGCCCUUUCCAGCGGAAACUCUCCACUUUUGGGAUCCAGUUCGACCGGAAUAGGUUCGAUGUGUGCUUCCGCCAAUACUAAUGGCACGCACCCCAAACACCAGCCCCUACAGCAGCAGGAAUCAAAUACGGGACCGAACGCGUUGGUGUCAGGCAUUGUGGCCUGCGCUACGAAUUCGCAACCAAUCAUCAGCCGAGAGGACUCCGAAGUGUCGUCGAGGUCGACUUCAGAAAUUGGGGCUGGUUCCGUCGAGGACGUUGACUCGCCUGUAACAUCGUUGACCGAUUGCCAGGGUGGAGAUAUUCCUCGGAGCACCGUUGAGAUUUACGUUCCAGAAGAACAAACCUUGGAUUCGAUAACCGUGGCGGUAUCUGAUACCCAAAAUCAUCAGCUACAUCAUCAAAAUAUUCAUCACCGUCAGCCACCUCAUAGACAUUAUACGCUACAAGGUGACGAGGAGAUCGCGAUACGAGGAAGCGCGAGAAGACAGCACUGGAAGUCUCAAAGUAUCGGUGGCGAAUUGACCAGUCCUAAUCAAUCGCUGCAGGCGCACAUAACGGAUGAAGAAGAUCAGGACGAUGACAGAGAGACUAAGACAUUCUCAGCAAAUCGUGAAUUAUGGCAAAGACGAGCGACUUCUCAAACUCAUCUGAACCCAAGCCUUUCGGCAUCUGGAAUAAAAUCGUUCAGGUCUUCCCAGCAGGAAUUCAGAGAAAUGCGUCAAAAACAUACACCUGAUUUGGUCAUGGAUCUUCCCCUCUCUGCUCAAGACAUUGAUAAUAAAUCAGCAUCUUCUAGCAGCCUCAGCAGUUCGGACGAUGAAUCAAUUCCUUGCAACGCAUUGGUUCCUCCUUCGCAACCCAGUCGAGCUGAGGCUGCGACAUCACCAAACGGCGGUCCAGAGUCUCCAGAUAUGAGCACCGCAGCCGAAAGAUUCGCCAAACAAAAUCAAUGCACGUUGAAGAAGAACACCAAAAGUAGUAACAGCGGGGCAACCGCGUCUUCCGAUAAUCAGUUAAUAAGCAAUAAACCAAAAACGAUUGUUGGCUGCAUGUCAGAGAAAACCGAGGAUAAAGAUGAACCUGAAGAAAAUUAUCAGCAGGUUCAGGAAUCAGGAGAAACCGUUGGAUCUGGAAUUGUAAAAUCAGCUAGUUCUACACAGAUUAUUGUAGCCGAUUCACCUACACCUCUUCGAUCACCUUUACCCCCGAGAUCUACACCUAAAAUCGUCGCUAAAUUUGCCGACAUGCAUUUGACAGGAGGAAGUCAAGUCUCCUCGUUCAAACCGCAGGUCAAGGUCAAACCGACGAUCUUGAGGAAGCCGGUAUUACCAUUUCCGCAUCCUCACAUGAGCCCAGAACUAGCUAGAAAAAUUGAAAAACAGGCGCAAAGCACUGAACAAGCAAACUGAUCCUGAAUCCUUCGUAAUUAUUUGAUGAUCGUGCCUCCGUCCGCCCGACAGUCUUCCCGCCUUUCAUUAUCCCAGUUCCGAUUGUCUUAACUUAACGUACGGUAUUUUUUUUUUCUCUUCUUUUCCUCCCACUUCGCCAUGGUAUAUUUGUCUUUUUUUUGGUCAUAGAAAAAAUCUUUCAGCUUCAUACCAAUUUCAAUAAUUCUUCUUGUUUAGUUAUUUCUUUUUCACUUAAAUUUUACCAAAUGACUCGCUGCAGUACGACGUUCUAGUCAUUAAACGAGAAGUUGAUAAAUGAGAGAUUGAAGUGCGAACGAUAUACAAGUUGAGGAUGCAUCGAAAUAAAAUACAAUAAAACUUAGAUUAUAAUUAACUAUAGAUAACGUUAUAAGUUACUUUUUAAGUCACUAGUAUUGUUUAAGUUACGUUAUUUUAUGAUAGGGAUAGAUAGGAGUUAUAAACUUUAAUAUCAUCAUAAUUUACGUACGCAGUGUAUAUCCCUGUGAUAAUUUGAAUUUCGUAUAAAAACGGGGAUUACAUGUAUAAUAAUUAUUAAUUGAUAUUAUUACUAACGAAUUUGCAUCAUCGGUUGUAAGAAUUUAUUUUAUCGCGAAUUCGCCGUGUUAUUAAUACAUCCAUGUAAUACGAUAUUAAUAUACCUAAUAACAAUAAUAAUUAUAAUUAUCAUUAAAUAGUUGACUGUCACUAAUAUCAUAUUAUAUCAACGCAUAUACUCCAUAAUUAAAUAUAAAAAUAUUAUUAAUACCAUACUAUUAUAAUUGUCACUCGAGACAUGAGUUCGAUGUUCCUUCAUUUCGUGGAUAGAAUAUUAAUGAUAUAAGAGAGCGCUAGCGUUCUGGUUUUUAACAAUUAUAUUAUAUUAUUGAUAAAGAAUUUUUAGAGACGUCGUUAUAGGAUCUCGAUCGAUACAGGGAUUAACAAAGAAGGAAAGAAAAAAAACGAAAAAUUGGGUGAAUAAUCAAAAAAGUAAAAUUUUAAUAAAAAAUAAAAUAAAACGAAUAAAAAGCAUCAUCGGAUCAAGAGCUCGAUUGCUCCUCUUUGUGGUAAAGAAUAUGCAGAAUAUCAAUCGAAUGCGGUGUACUCUAGUUGUCAGUCCUACCCAAUUAAAUCGGGAUUGUUUUUCGAAAGUUGUAAUGAAGAAUCCUUCACGUUGAGGCUUAAUUGUACAUCAAACUGAUAAACCACAAUUACCAUGAGAAUGUUGCAUCGUGUUUUAUUGACAUACUACGUAUAGGAGGACAGUUUCUAAGCUAGAAAUAAGAUUAGAAAAAGCGUAUCACGCACAAAUACAAAAUUAUAGGUAUACAACGUAUAUUAUAGGUAUAGGUAUAACACAUACAUAGGUAUACGUAAAUAGGUACACAUUGUUAAGUGAGAUGUAUUGCGAUGAUGUUCGAUACGGAGUGAUGUUUGUUCGAUACGUGGAGAAAGAUGAAUGAAACAAGAAAAAAAUUGCGUGAGAAAAUGUAAUUCAACGAUAAUUUUUUGGUACGUAAAGAACGAAAAAUAAUCAAUAGUAAUCGCAAUCAGUAAGAGAGAAUAAAUUGGCAAAUAAAAAAGUGAACCAGAUGAGAAACUAUAAUACGACGCCCAAAUAUUAUAGAAUAUCCCUAUUCGAAUUCUGUGAUUUAUAUUAACUUAGAACUUUUCAUAAUUUCCAAUUUUUUUUGCUGCCACGUAUUACCGUAUGAAUUUCUUUCUUUUUUCUUCGACAUUAUUUCGGUAUUGAAUUCAAUGUAUUUAUUGUAAUAACGCCUUUGGUACCGCGCCUCAAGAUACACCAUAUAAUAAUACAUGUACUCCGUACCAUAAAUUAUAUACCCACAUUACACAUAAACUAUAUAAAAUUAUAUUCCAUAAAAUUGCACUCUCAACCCCCUUACACUCCCGUAUAUACCGUAAUUUAACAAUUGAUAAAUUUACCACUGAUCGCAAAGUGGAAAACGAAGAAAAAAAGCCAACAAAAAAAAUGUAAUGACGCUUGUUUUACCAGUUAAUGUAUGCUACGAGUACAUAAAGCGUUCGAGCUCAUCAUACACACAGGUAUAAAAAUUAAUACAUACUAUACACAUGCGUCAUUAUUAGAUAAUUUGAAAGUAUAUAUAUAUAUAUAUAUAUACCUAUGUAUACACAUAAAAAUAUAUUCUUUGAAUGUGUAUUAA